AUGUCAAUAUCAAAUACUACUUUAACUACUAUAUCAACAGGUACACCAUCUGAUGGCAUAGCUAUACCUUUGAUUGCUCGAUUCUGGCUUUAUCUUAUCUCAGAUGUUUUAUCACUCAUCUGUGGUUUUUUCCUUCUUUUUCAUCUUACAUUUGAUUCAACUCUUCGUCGUGCUUUACAUAAUCAUGUCAUUAUUGCUGCCUUGUGUUUGUGUAUUAUUCGAGAAGUCACAACUAUUCCUUGGACAAUGCAUGUUUAUCUAGUUGGUGUUGUGCCCAUAAAAUCACCAACAUUUUGCAUGAUUUGGAAAUUUAUUGAGUCUACUGUUUAUACCACACUAGCAAAACUUGUGGGAUGGGCAUCCAUUGAACGACAUAUUCUUAUUUUUCACAACCAAUGGGUUGCAACAAAGAGGCAACGUAUUCUCAUACAUUAUAUACCACUAGCAUUAAUUAUUAUGUAUGGUAUAAUACUUUAUGGUGUAGUUAUUCCAAUAAAUGACUGCAACAGAAGGUUCAAUUAUAAUGUACAAACAUGUGGCUAUGUUAGUUGUAUAUACAACUCUGCAGGAUAUUCUUUGUAUGAAUUUAUGUCUGGUGGAGUACUGUCUUCUUUAUGUAUAGGAUUUGGUAGUGUUUUUUUAAUCAUUCGCAUUGCUAUUCAAAAGCAUCGUUUACAGCAACAGGUACACUGGCGAAAAUAUCGGAGAAUGACAAUUCAACUAUUGUCUGUCGCAUCGAUUUUCUUUAUCUUAUUUUUACCUCCUGUACUUUGGGGUAUUUGUCAAAAACUUGGUGUUCUAUCUACCGUAGGCUCCGUGUCUUAUGGUUUAUACGCAACAUUCUUCAAUAUUUAUGUUAUCUUUCUUUUCCCAUUUACAUGUCUUGGCACAUUACCUCAACUUCGCACUCGAAUAAAUACAAUAAUUCGGUUGUUUUACCGACAACAACAACAACAUAGAGUUGCUCCUCAACAAAUAGCUACAAAACAACCAAUACGACAAUCACGCUUAUAA